AUGCUCGGCGUCAUGAUGGGUGGCCGUGUGGCCGAGGAGCUAAUCUUCGACGAAGUUACCACCGGCGCCAGCAACGACAUCGAACGGGCCACCAAGACCGCCCUCGGUAUGGUGAAACGCUACGGUAUGUCCCCCAGCCUGGGCCCGCGCACCUUUGGCAAGCGUGAAGAGUUGGUGUUCCUGGGCCGCGAGCUCAGCGAAGAGAAGGACUACGGCGACAAAAUCGCGGAAGAGAUUGACGUCGAAGAGAGGGCCGGCUCAUGGGAGAGGGGCAGCCAACCGUCGUUCCGGGGCAGGCCGUAA